GAUGAUGAUGAUGAUGAUGAUGAUGUUGCGUCCAUUCCACAUGUUGAGGAAGUGAAAAAACAUGUGAAACACCAGCAUAGCAUUCAGUUUCUGACUAUGGAAGAUCUUCCAGUGACAGAAAAAAAGGAUGGGAUUUUUUUCGACGACAAAACUAUAAGGGAAGCUGAGAUGGAAGACCCUAUCAAGGAGAAACUUCCUGUAAUCACCAAGGUCAGCUUUGUACGCAUGCCUGAUGAUUUCAGAAGAGCUGACAGUGAUUUCAGUGAUACCCACUCUAUUACUGAACUUACAAAAAAAGAGCCUGAAGACCUUACUUCUCUGCAGCGGGACUCACAGCCAACAACAAAUCCACAUAUUCUGCUGUUGCUGCUUCAUCAGAAGGAUCUGGAAAUAAAAGGUCUGAAAAAUGCUAUGCAGGGUCAUCCACCUGACCGGCUUGCCUGUAUUUUGCAGGAGCUUGUGAGAACAAGGCAAAAAGCACAAUUGAAGAAAAACCAAACUGAAGAGAUUCUUCGGAAAGAAAUAGAGCAACUGAACUCUGAGCUGAAAGCUGUCAAGGAGAGCCACAUGAAGGAGGUGCAAAUGUUGCAAGAGAAGGUGAUGAGAUCGCAAUUACAUGCCCUGGAAUUGCAGGAUGAAGUGCAAAUCGUGCCACCUAAACUAGAGAUUGAAUGUGACACUGAGUCCAGCAUGUCACUGGAUGAAGGGGCACAGUUAGCAUGCGAGAGCUUUGAGCUCUGGACUGAGACAGGAACUAAACUAAUGUGUGAUAAGAGUGAUCUGAAGCUACGAAGAAUCCCCAAGCACACCAGCUUUGUGGAUGCUUUUCAUAAGUUUAACAGUACCAUAUUUUCUGAUGAAGGUACAGAUGAGAAAGUAUUGAGUACUACAGAGUCUUCUGAAAUAAAAGAAGGCAGGCGUGCCAUCCCUGGGCAGAAUUCAUUCGAAAGCUCAAAAACGAAGGAUAGUCAGUCUGAACCAUCUUCGUGGACUAUCCUCACCUCUCAGAGAUCAGAUUUAAUUUCAACUGUGACUGAUACCGGAACAGAAUGUUCUUCCAGCCUCCCGUCUCUGAUGGAGAAACUCGAACAGCGAGGCUUUGACUUGAGUUAUCCUGCGGAUUACUGGAACAAUGUUCAGUCUAAUAUUAGUCUUGGACGGCCCUCAAUUGAGAAAACAGCAUGGAUGCCCAUCCCCCUCAAAGAAGAAUACAAAAGGGAUUCUACCAUCACAGGCUCUCUAAAGAUCAUCAGCAUACAUCGUAGGGGCCAAUUUGUCCGAAUCCUCAACAAUUUGUUGAACAAAGAGGCAGACCUCAGUGGCUACAUCAUCCAGCAAUGGGUUGGAGGAUACCCAGUGUCAAUCUACCGCUUCCCAAAAGGCACUGUUCUGCCUGCACAGCACCAUAUCACUGUCUGGGCUCCAGGGGCCAACCUUGCUCAAAAGCAACCCUCAGACACAUUCAUAAACUCACAGGGCUUUUUCAGAGCAGGUCCAGAAUGCACUACCAUCCUCUGCAACUGCAGCGGCCAGACUGUGUCACAAUACACAGCACCUCACAGAGUCACAGAAGCUGCAGAAGCCUACAGUGAUAGCGUGGACCUUUCUGUGGACAAAUUUCCACUUACUGAUGACAAGGAGGAAUUUCUUGCAUCCUCAUGGCCCUCAAAGGAAGAAAUCGCUUUGCUUGAACAGACUCUCCAGAAAGAAAGGAUGAAUAGUUCUUCCAGAAUCUUAAAGAAAAGGUACACAGGCCGAGUUUCUAUUGACUCUUCAUGCAGCACCAUUAGGAAUAUCUAUUCCAAAGCAACAAAGAGAAUCAAUGAGGCAGGAAGUCAGUCUUCCAUCUUGUCCUUAAAAGUGAAAGAGAGUCAUUCUUCAUCCAGUGAUGAUGAAUAUCUUCCUUCUGAAAUAUGGAAGCCCAUACCUGAAGAGCCAAAAGCCAGAGAGUUCAAGACAACACUGGACACUUCACUUCCCAUGGUAGCUCUGAUAGGACAGAAGAGUGCCCGCUCAAAAUAUGGUUUCAAGCACAUGAAUUACGUUCCCACCACCACAGACCUGCAUCUACGGCGAUACUAUUAUGGUAGUUGA